CACGGAAGCGUGAGGCGACUUCCGGAGGGGCCUCUCGGAACGCCGAGAGGGCCGCCGGAGCCCCGAGGCCGCCAUGCCGGGCGGAGGGCCGGUGUGCUACGCGCUGCUGUGCGGGCAAGCGGCGCUGCUGCUGUGCAACCUGCUCUUACUCCAAGGCGUGUCCCGAAGCCACCAGCACAACGCCACGGACAGCCCCGCCGCGGCCGCGCAGGGCCAAGAGCAGCCGCCUCAGGACCCGGCCUCUGCCUCCUCCGGCCUCUGGGAGUAUCAAGGCCCCUACGCGCCGCUCGUGUACUGCGAAUACCUACCUGAGGAAUUCAUUGAGUGUGAGGCUCCUGUGGAUCAUGGUGGGAACACGACUGCACGAGAUGAAGUACGACAUGGGUGUGUCAAGUUUGGCGGCCAAGCAUAUAGUGACGUAAGCCACACUCGGGUCCUCUGCAAGGCAUUGGAAGGCAUUGAGUGUGCAGGACAGCGGACUUUUCUGCGUGGGAAUAAGCCAUGCAUAAAAUACACGGGACACUACUUCAUAACCACUCUCCUCUAUUCCUUCUUUUUGGGUUGCUUCGGAGUGGAUCGUUUCUGCCUGGGCCACACAGGCACAGCAGUGGGGAAACUGCUUACUCUUGGAGGGCUGGGAAUCUGGUGGUUCGUAGACUUAAUUCUCCUUAUCACUGGAGGACUGAUGCCCAGCGAUGGAAGCAACUGGUGUACCAUUUACUGAAAAUCUUCAAUUCGGAAGAUGAGAGGGGAACUUUAGUUCAGUUGGAGACUACACUGGUGCUUUCAUUUUGCACUGGAACUAGAUCCUCCUAGAAUGCAACGAACAGGAAAAAAAGCUAACCAUAAUUCUGCUGUACAUACCUCAUUGUUUGUUCAAAUGGAAGCUACACUUUUCCAGCCCACGAAGGACUCGGGAGACGUCUACCUGUAGAAUAAGCCGUCUUGAAGGAUUUACCACUCUAGUAGCUGUUAUUGUACAAUAUAUCUUUACACACUUCUGUGCUUUAGGAGGUGCCAAGGUAGUAACUCUGGUCUUACCCACUCUGCUUAACCCUAGUUCUCACUGCUUGUAUGUUUUAGAAGUUUUCCAAAUAAAUUUGCACAGCCAGUAUUCACUGGAAAUAA